UCCUUUAUCCCUUCCUUCCUUCAGUUAUUCCUUCCUGUAUUCAUUCCUCUAUUUCUCCCUUCCUUCUUUUCUUCCUUCCUUCCUUUGCUCUCUUUUUCGUUUCUUCCAUUACUCCUUCCCUUACUCUUUCGUUCCUUCCUUCUCCCUUUCCUCCCUCCCUUCGUUCCCUUGUUCCAUUCUUUCCCCUUCUGUCUUUCACUCCUUCCGUUCUGUCUCCUUCCUUCUUCCCAUCACCUCCUUCCUUCCUUCCUUUCCUUUGAAACCUCUCCCUCUAUUUCCCCAAUGCCUGUGGAUGCAUUUGUCUCCAUUCUGAUCUCAUUUUGAUUGGAAGAGGAGGAAGAGGAGGGGGAAGAAAAGCAGCGAGCAGAGCACGGAUUUUGCAUUGCACGGAAUGGAUUUCAACAGCAACAGCAAUGGGGGCGAGGGGCGCCCCCUGGAGGAGAGCAAGCCCCUGCUGGGCGAGGGGCCGGGCCCCGAGGGACCCCACAAGGCAGGCGCCCCGCUCUGCCGACGAGGCCUCCACUGCAGCGGGAUGCGCUACAAGCUGCUCCAGGAGGGCGACAUCCAGGUCUGCGUGGUGCGGCACCCGCGCACCUUCCUCAGCAAGAUCCUCACCUCCAAGUUCCUGCGGCGCUGGGAGCCCCACCAUUUGGCCCUGGCGGAGAGCAGCCUGACCUCGGCCACGCCAACUGGGUACAUGGAAAACUCAAUUUCCUACAGCUCAAUUGAAGACGUUCAGCUGCUUUCUUGGGAGAAUGCCCCGAAGUAUUGUUUACAGCUCACCAUCCCUGGAGGGACCGUCUUGUUACAGGCUGCAAACAGUUACCUGAGGGAUCAGUGGUUUCAUUCGUUGCAGUGGAAGAAAAAAAUCUACAAGUACAAGAAGGUGUUGAGCAACCCAAGCCGCUUAGAGGUGGUUCUGAAGGAGAUCCGCACGUUGGUGGACAUGGCGCUGACGUCUCCUUUGCAGGACGAGUCCAUCCAUCAAGCGCCUCUGGAGAUCGUUUCCAAGUUGCUCUCAGAGAAUGCAAGCCUCACCCCACAAGAACAUGAAAAUAUUAUUGUGGCACUUGCGCCUUUGCUGGAAAACAACCACCCACCUCCUGACUUGUGCGAAUUUUUUUGCAAGCACUGCAGAGAACGUCCCCGGUCCAUGGUGGUCAUAGAAGUAUUCACUCCAGUUGUACAAAGAAUCCUCAAACACAAUAUGGAUUUUGGGAAGUGCCCUCGGUUGCGGCUCUUUACUCAGGAGUACAUUUUGGCUUUGAACGAACUGAAUGCUGGCAUGGAAGUGGUGAAGAAGUUCAUUCACAGCAUGCACGGCCCGACCGGACAGUGCCCCCAUCCCAGAGUCCUUCCAAAUCUCGUCGCAGUCUGUUUAGCAGCCAUUUAUUCUUGCUACGAAGAGUUCAUCAACAGCCGGGACAAUUCUCCGAGCCUGAAAGAAAUUCGGAAUGGUUGCCAGCAGCCUUGUGACCGCAAGCCGAACCUGCCCCUCCGCCUCCUCCACACGAGCCCUGACCUGGUGUCCCAAGAGGCCACGCUGAACGAGUCUCGCCUCAAGUCGGUCAUUGUCACGUCGAACGAGAUCCACGUGGAGGUUGAGCGCAACAACACGGCCAACCAGAAGAUGACGGCCAACGUGGGCAACGACAGCGAGCCCAACCUGAUCGACUGCUUGAUGGUCAGCCCCACCUGCAGCACCAUGACCAUCGAGCUCAGUGCCCAGGCCGAUCGCAUCCUUGCCUGCUACGUGGAAAUACUCAAGAUGCUGUCAGACUAUGAUGACUGGAGACCAGCGCUCGCCAGUUUGCUCCAACCCAUCCCAUUCCCGAAAGAGGCUCUUGCACAUGAGAAGUUCACAAAGGAACUGAAGUACGUCAUUCAAAGAUUCGCAGAAGAUCCAAGGCAAGAAGUCCAUUCGUGUUUGCUGAGUGUGCGUGCUGGCAAGGAUGGUUGGUUCCAGCUCUACAGUCCCGGUGGGGUGGCGUGCGAUGAUGACGGAGAGCUGUUUGCCAAUAUGGUUCAUAUUUUAAUGGGCUCUUGUUAUAAGACAAAAAAGUUCCUCCUUUCGCUGGCGGAAAACAAACUGGGGCCAUGCAUGCUGCUCGCUUUAAGGGGCAACCAGACGAUGGUGGAGAUUCUUUGCUUGAUGCUCGAGUAUAACAUUAUUGACAAUAAGGACACCCAGCUGCAGAUCAUCUCAACCCUCGAGAGCACUGAUGUGGGGAAGAAAAUGUAUGAGCAGCUCUGCGACAGGCAGCGGGAGCUGAAGGAGCUGCAAAGGAAAGGAGGCCCUACCCGGUUAACACUGCCAUCAAAAUCCACAGAUGCGGACCUGGCCCGAUUGUUAAGCUCGGGGUCCUUCGGCAACCUGGAGAACCUCAGCCUGGCCUUCACCAACGUCACGAGUGCCUGCGCAGAGCAUCUCAUCAAGCUGCCUUCGCUCAAGCAGCUGAACCUGUGGUCAACUCAGUUUGGCGAUGCAGGUUUGCGGCUUCUUUCCGAACACCUCACAAUGCUACAAGUGCUCAACUUGUGUGAAACACCCGUCACAGAUGCUGGCCUGCUGGCACUGAGCUCUAUGAAAAGCCUGUGCAGUUUGAAUAUGAACAGCACCAAGCUUUCAGCGGAUACCUAUGAAGAUCUCAAGGCUAAAUUGCCAAAUCUGAAGGACGUGGAUGUCCGCUACACAGAGGCCUGGUGAAACCUCUAACUUGCUUUUGAGGACAAGGGAAGAAAAGGAUUUUUUUUUAAGAAAAAGAAAAACGACAACUAAAACUAAAAAAAAAAAAAAAGCAGAGAAAUAAACUUUUGGCUUAGAGAGAGCAGCCAGAUUGGAGGACUUUGAUUUAGGAGCUGUCUUUGUGAGGUCGCAGAGUGUGGCUUUGUGUGUGGGAGGGGGAAAGUGAGCGCAUGGCCGGGUCUCCCAAGACUUUCCGCUUUCUACAAUGAAACCCAACAUCCUUUUGAAUCAAUGGGGAUUUUUCUUUGAUGGUUAGGGGUGGGAAGCAAGACUGUAGCCGCGAAAGCGAUUGGGAGAAAAAGCGAAGGGGUGGCGAUCUGUUUGGAUUAUUAUUUUUUGUUUGCUUUCUGUGUGUGUUUUCAAACCCUUCAUGGAAAGGGAGGAAAAUCUAACGUACGUCGGGGUUUUUUUCGUACUUCUCUUGGGACGGAUCUCAUCAUUCGGUGCUUUAUUUUUCAUCUUUCCUGCUCUUAUAAGAAAAGAAAGAAAAGAAACUGAGAAAGCAA